AUGUCAAUAGAGGAAAGUGUAGAACCAGCUGUACUUCCUAAUGUCCAAAUAUAUACAGACGCUUUUAGCAUGAUUAGUUCAGACGACCAAGAUGUUGAUACCCCUCCUCCAGCCAGAAAAAUCCCAGACAUUGAUCCGAUGCCUUCAACCAGCCAAACACACGAUAAUCUAUACCCUCCAAGCAGCAAAACGCCAGACAUUGAUCCGAUGCCUUCAACCAGCAAAGCAAAGCCUAGUCCCCCCGCUUCACCCAGUGAAACGUCAGACAUUGAUCCGAUGCCUUCAACCAGCAAAACCCGCGCUAAUCCGAUGCCUUCAACCAGCAAAACCCGCACUAAUCCAUUCCCUUCAACCAGUCGAAUGUCAAGGGAAGAAGCUACCCGAGUAUAUUUACAAAAAAUGAGGGAUGCAAUAACCAAAAUGAAUUUUGGAUUCCGUGAUGAAUAUAGAGAAUGGAAAUACAAAAAUACGAAUGCUUCAACUGGUUUAAUAAAUUGCUAUUUAGAUGGUAUAUUUGACAAAAGAGCAAUUAACGAUUCUGGUACCUGGAAACAAUCAGAAGAACUGAGUGCCGAUGAUCAAAAAAUUAAAGAAGCGAAUAAAAAGUGUAUAAGUACAUAUUUAUACAAAUCUAACCAAAUGAUUAAUCUUAGUUUAAAGAAGCAGAGUGAAGCAUAUGCAGAAAUAUGUAAAAUGUGCAUCCAUAUGUUUUCUAGCCACGAUGAAUGCCUAAGUAAUUCAAUAAAUUUAUCAUGGAAUGGAUCAGGUGAAUUAAAACAUAUGUCUAGAGUAGCAUUUGCUUUAUGCUUAGUCGAAAUAAACAAAUAA